CUUGUCUUCCAACGUUGCCCUAAUUUUCUGCAGCAUAAAACAAAAAAUAAAACGAGGAGUUUCCGAGCUAUUUAUUUUUACAUAAACUCCAAUCAAUUCACGAUGAAUAUAUUUAACGUCCUCUACUUCAUCUUCCACAUGGCAGUAGGUUGGCUCGCGGAUGAUUUUCCGCCCGAAAGACUUCUCCGAAACGCAAAGGUCGAAAAAAGCAAUACAGAGGUCGAUUUUUAUCGUAAAUAUAGUCCAUACUUGCCCAAUCCAGGCCCAACAGGGCCAUGGCCCGGUCACACAUACAAAAUUCGAGACCCGGAGACGGACCGCCAGAUUACACUCGUGAACGGCGAGCUUAAGUUAGAAGAAGACAUGGGUAACCAAGGAGGAUAUCACUGGCUGUGCAUAGAAACGGAUGGGUACCUGGGAUUUCGCAAUCCAAGCAAUAACGUGCACAUAGGCCAUAACAACUGGGGUCGGUUCGUCGCCCGGGAGUAUCAUCACUGGGCGUGGGAAUUCUUUAAUACCAGAGCACAUCCGGGUGGGGGUCAAUUACUGCUAACAACUCAUGGCAACGAAAUGCGGAAAAUGACAGUUGAGAAGGGCACCUAUAGGCUGAUAGAGACUAAGGGUGACGGUACUGCGUGGGAGUUUGUGGAGGUAUCUACUUAAAGUGAUUAUGAAUUCGUAUGAGGCUAAUAUUAUGGGUUGGCCAUCCUAUCUAUUGUUGUGUAUAGAUACAGAAGUGAUGAGUAUGUUGAGGGACCUCUGUACCAGAAAGAAAAGCAUUGAUGCUUUAAAUAAUAAUGAACAAAUAUACAUAAG